AUGAUGGACGAAGACUCCACCAAACGUUACCUUCGGACCAACGACGGAGGACAGACACAGAAACAACCCGAGCGAGGGAGUAAAGUUCAGGUCGGUCAGGAGGAGAGAGAGAUCACUGUCCUGCCGCGGAGGACGACGGACGAACUGGACAACACUGCGGGGAGGAAGAUGGCGGAGUCUGAGUCAUCCUCCUGCUGUUCGUCUUGUGUCCGUCUGAAGGACAAAUGUCCUCGUCCACGAGGACUCGUCAACCUGCUCAUCACCAAAGUGUGUCUGUUUGCCCUGCUGUUCGGGGUCGUCUGGUCCAUCACAGGACCUGAGUGUUUACCUGGCGGGAACCUGUUCGGCCUGGUCGUCCUCUUCAUCUGCUCGGUGCUCGGAGGGAAGCUGGUUGGAAUGAUCCAGCUGCCCACGCUGCCCCCCUUCCCCCCUCUGCUUGGUAUGCUGCUGGCGGGUCUGCUGCUGAGGAACGUUCCCUACGUCACGGAUGCCGUCUUCAUCAACACUCACUGGUCUGCAGCUCUGAGGAACAUCGCCCUCGCCAUCAUCCUGACCAGAGCCGGACUGGGCCUGGACCCCUCUGCGCUGAGUCGUCUGAAGGCAGUGUGUGUGCGUGUGGCAAUCGGUCCGUGCGUGGUGGAGGCGUGCAUCGUCGCCAUUGUGUCUCAUUUCCUGCUGGGUCUUCCCUGGGUCUGGGGCUUCAUACUGGGUUUUGUUCUGGCAGCAGUGUCUCCGGCGGUUGUGGUUCCUUCGAUGUUGCUGCUGCAGAGGGAAGGUUACGGCGUGGAAAAGGGAAUCCCCACGCUGCUGAUGGCUGCUGGGAGUUUUGACGAUAUUCUGGCCAUAACAGGGUUCUCCACCUGCCUGGGAAUUGCCUUCUCCACAGGUUCUACCUGGAUGAACAUACUGAAGGGUCUGCUGGAGGUGGUCGGGGGGGUCAUCGCCGGACUGGUCCUGGGUCUGUUCUUGUGCUGCUUCCCCAGUUCAGACCAGGAGGAUCUGGUGCUGAGGAGAACUCUUAUGUUGCUGGGUCUGUCCAUAUUUUCCGUGUUCUUCAGUCAUGUUAUCGGUUUUGCUGGAGCUGGAGGUCUCUGUACGCUGGUUCUGGCCUUUAUGGCCGCUCUGAGCUGGAAGGCCAACAAGGCUCCGGUGGCAGCCAUGGUGGGUCUGUCAUGGGACGUGUUCCAGCCGCUCCUCUUCGGCCUGAUCGGAGCAGAGAUCACCAUCGCAAAGCUCAGCCCCAGCACUGUGGGUCUGGGUCUGGCCUGUAUCUCUGUCGGUCUGGUGAUCCGCCUGGCCGUUACAUUCCUGCUGGUCCACUUUGGAGGAUUCAACCUGAAGGAGAAGAUCUUCAUCGCAGUGGCCUGGCUGCCCAAAGCCACCGUUCAGGCUGCUAUUGGCUCAAAGGCGUUGGACAUGGCGAGGGAGGAGGGCGACGAGACCUUCAUUAAGUUCGGUUUGGACGUGCUAACGCUAGCUGUGUUAGCCAUCCUGACCACAGCUCCCAUCGGAGCGCUGGGCAUCGGACUGGCAGGACCUCGGCUCCUGGCCCGGCAGGUCAAAGACGACACAGAAGGCGGAGCCACAACUCCAAACUGCAAGGAGAUUGGUCAAGAAAAAGACAACGUGACCCUUGAGAGCAAACUAUGAGGUUUCUGAUCGGACAGACAAAGAGAGCUUUAUAUUAUAUACCUGAAGAAAACCUUUAUUAUGUGCAGAUUUGUUUAUAAAAUGUCUUUAUUGUUUGUUACUUUGGUGCUUUGACGUGCUACUGCGAGUUUUUACGAGCGAAUGUCACAAAUGUUCAGGUGCUGAUGCGUUUUCUCUGCUGUGCAUGAUUGGAUCCAACAUUUUAACGGAGGAUGAGUUUGGAAAAUAAAAAAUAACAAAACUUUUGGUAAGUUAAAUUCAUGAGAUUAUGUGAUUG